AUGGCCAGAGCUUUGUAUCCACUCAAUGCCCUCUGGUUUCUGGAGUGUGCACUACUGUUCUUGGGACCUAGUGCUACCCCUCCAGCCUGGGCCUUGAACCUGGACCCAGUGCAGUUCACCUUCUAUUCAGGCCCCAAUGGCAGCCACUUUGGAUUUUCAGUGGACUUUCACAAGGACAAUCAUGGGAGUUCUCCAUUUGUGGUAGCCACUGUGCAAGGUGGAGUCUGGGCUGGGGAGUUGGUACUUGGGGCCCCUGGUGGCUAUUUUUUCUUAGGUCUCCUGGUCCGGGCUCCAAUUGCCAGUAUCAUCUCAAGUUACCGCCCUGGUACCCUUCUGUGGCACGUUCCCAACCAGCGCUUCACCUAUGAUUCCAGCAACAUAGAUUACUUUGAUGGCUACCGAGGGUACUCGGUGGCUGUAGGGGAGUUCGAUGGAGAUCCAAGCACUACAGAGUAUAUCUUUGGUGCCCCCACUUGGAGCUGGACCUUGGGAGCGGUGGAAAUUUUGGAUAAAUACUACCAGACACUGCACCGGCUGCAUGGAGAGCAGAUGGCUUCGUAUUUUGGUUACUCAGUGGCAGUCACUGACGUCAAUGGGGACGAGAGACAUGACCUGCUGGUGGGUGCCCCAUUGUACAUGGAAAGCCGAGCUGACCGCAAACUGGCUGAGGUGGGGCGAGUGUACUUAUUCCUGCAGCCCCGAGGUCCCCAUGCACUGGGACCUCCUAGUCUCCUGCUGACCGGCACACAGCUCUAUGGGCGAUUUGGCUCCACUAUUGCACCCCUGGGUGAUCUCAACCGGGAUGGCUACAAUGAUGUUGCAGUGGCUGCCCCCUAUGGUGGUCCAGAUGGUCGAGGCCAAGUGCUGGUGUUCCUGGGUCAGAGUGAGGGGCUGAGUGCACGCCCCUCCCAGGUCCUAGACAGCCCCUUCCGCACAGGCUCUGGCUUUGGCUUCUCUCUGAGAGGUUCCGUAGACAUUGAUGACAAUGGAUACCCAGACCUGCUGGUCGGAGCUUAUGGGGUCAGCAAGGUGGCUGUAUACAGAGCUCAGCCAGUGGUGAUGGCCACUGUCCAGCUGCUGGUGCAAGAUUCCCUAAAUCCUGCUGUGAAGAACUGUGUCCUACAGCCUGCCAAGACUCCUGUGAGCUGCUUCACCAUCCAGAUGUGUGUGGGAGCCACUGGGCAUAACAUUCCUCAGAAACUUUAUCUAAAUGCUGAGCUGCAGCUGGACCGUCAGAAGCCCCGCCAGGGUAGGCGAGUUCUCCUGUUGGAUUCUCAACAGUCAGGUCUCACCCUGAGACUGGACCUUAGCAGAAGUCAGAGCCCCACCUGCCACAACACCACAGCCUUCCUUCAAGAUGAAGCAGACUUCCGGGACAAGCUGAGCCCCAUUGUGCUCAGCCUCAAUGUGUCCCUGCCCACCCAGGAGACUGGGGUGGCACCUGCCGUUGUGCUGCAUGGAGACACCCAUGUCCAGGAACAGACCCGGAUCAUCCUGGACUGUGGUGAAGAUGACUUGUGUGUGCCCCACCUUCAGCUCAAUGCCACUAUGAAGGGCUCCCCACUUAUAAUUGGAGCUGACAAUGUGCUGGAGCUGCAAAUGGAUGCAGCCAAUGAGGGUGAGGGGGCCUAUGAGGCAGAGCUGGCUGUGCACCUGCCCCCAGGGGCCCACUACAUGAGGGCCCUCAGCAACCUCCAGGGCUUGGAGAGGCUCAUCUGCAACCAGAAGAAAGAGAAUGAGAGCAGAGUAGUGCUGUGUGAGCUGGGCAACCCCAUGAAAAACAAUGCCCAGAUCAGAAUCACUAUGUUGGUGAGUGUGGGGAACCUGGAAGAGGCUGGGGAGUCUGUGUCCUUCCAGCUGCAAGUCAGGAGCAAGAACAGCCAGAAUCCAAAUAGCAAGGCAGUACUGCUGGAUGUGCCAGUCCGGGCAGAUGCCAGAGUGGAGCUUCGAGGAAACUCCUUUCCAGCCUCAUUGGUGGUGGCAGCAGAAGAAGGUGACAAGAAACAGAAUGGCUUGGACAGCUUGGUCCUCAGGGUGGAACAUACUUACGAGCUCCACAACGAUGGCCCUGGCACUGUGAAUGGGCUCCACCUCAGCAUUCACCUCCCUGGCCAGUCUCAGCCCUCUGACCUACUCUACUUCCUGGACAUACAGACCCAGGGGGGCCUCCAGUGCUCCCCACAGCCCUCUCCCAAUCCCCUCAAGCUGGAGUGGAGGCUCCCCACCCCAAGCCCGUCCUCUACUCUGCCAGUGCAUCACAAGCGAGAGCGUAGAGAGGCCGUCCUGCCUGCGCCCAAGCCACAUGGAGAGCAGGAGACAGUUCUGGUGAGCUGCGAUUCGGCACCCUGUACCGCGGUGCAGUGUGAGCUGCAGGAGAUGGCGCGUGGGCAGCGGGCCAUGGUCACUGUGCUGGCCUUCCUGCAGCUACCCAGCUUCCGCGCGAGGCCGCUGGAGCAGUUUGUGCUUCAGUCCCACGGGUGGUUCAACGUCUCCUCCUUUCCCUACGCGGUGCCUGCGCUCAGUCUGCCUAGUGGGGAAGCUCUGGUGCAGACUCAGCUGCUUCGUGCCUUGGAGGAAAGGGCCAUCCCGAUCUGGUGGAUGCUGGUGGGCGUGCUAGGUGGCUUGCUGCUGCUCACCCUCCUGGUCCUGCUCAUGUGGAAGGUUGGUUUCUUCAAGCGGAAUCGGCCACCCUUAGAGGAAGAUGAAGAGGAGGAGUGAUAGUGAGAAGGCUGGGGGCUGGCACCUGCUCUCUAUCUCCAGCUAAUUGUCUCCUGGCUCUGACUUCCAUGGUUGGAGUCUUUCUGCUUUUCCUGCUGCCUAAUAAAGAAGCUAAC